AUGAGCCCUAUUUUGAUGUCUUGCAGUCAUUCUGAAUCGAGGCUAGUUCCGACUAUAGGGUUGAGUGGCUCUGGUAUGGAAGGCAGAGAUAACCUUUCAAGAGCAGGUCUUCGAUCUCUGGAGUUGCUAUUAGAUUCCUCCACCACAGCCACACUAGCAUUGAUCGACUCUCUGGGAGGAUUUGGAGAGGGUGUGUGA